AUGUUAUUAUUAAAAAAUAAUAAUUUAAUUAUUUCAAAUACAAAAUUAAAUAAAUCUGUUGGGGGAGCUUUAUUUAAUGAAAAUAAUAAUAAUUCUUUUAUUAAAUUAGAAAAUGUUUAUUCAACAACUAUUUUGGAUAAAGAAAAAUUAUAUUGUUCAUUAAUUUCAUUUUCAAAAGAAUUAGAAAAAGGGGUUUAUAAUUUAAAAGAAGAAAAUAAUAAAGAGAAAGAAGACAAUCAACAACAUAAUUAUUUAAAAAUAAUUAAUUUUAACCAAGUUUUGCCCGAUUUAAGUACUCUUCCACAAUAUUUUACAGCAUUUGCUGAACCUUUAGCCCGUCCUUUAUUGCAAUGUAUUGUUGAACAAUUGGCUAAACAAUGUUUUGGGAGUACUUUUAAUAUGGAAUUAACUAAAAAUAUGUCUGUUGAUAUUUAUGAUUCUGAUUCGGGAAUGAAAGAAUAUUCAACUAAAUUAUGGAGAGAUUCUGCUGGUUUUAUAGUAACUGAUCCUUUUCGUUAUUUUGAAAUAAAAAUUAAAAAGGAGAAUUUAAUUAAUUUAUUUAAAAACAAUUCUUCAACAACAAUUUCAAUCCUUCCAUUAAAUUCUCAAACAAAAACUUUAUUCUCUAUUUACGAUCAAAAUAUUUCUUCUUUUGGGAGGGAUGAUUAUUUGGAAUUUUUGUUUAAAUUAAAUGGAAUUACUGGAUUUGUGGCUAUAAAUAAUGAAGAUAACCAGCCAUUAGGGUAUUUACUUGGGUUGAAUGAAGGGGGAAGGAUUUUACAGUGUUAUGCUGAAAAUGGGGAAAUUGCCAGUUUACUUUUAAAUUCUUUUAUUCUUUCAAAUACAACAACAAUUUAUUCAAUGUUUAUACGUAUUUGUAGUUCUGAAAAGGAAAAUAAAUUAAACAAAAAAUUAUUGGAAAAAGCUGAAAAUGUAAUUCGUGUUUGUCGUUACCAUUCAAGAAUUUUCCCAACAAAUAUUCAAUGGUCUAAAAUUUUUAUAUUAAAUAUUGGAGCUAAUUUAUUUUAA